ACGUGUGGAAACGGAACGGAACGACUGGGCCCCAAAAUCUCUGAGCGCGCCUUUAAGCCAAGUCAAGCCGAGCUUUCUGGUUUUUGAAUAAAUUGCUUCUUCCAAUCUCAUGUGUGUAUAGGUUUUGUUGUUGUUUUUGUGGCUGGGUGUGCCUUAACCGUUGCCAGCAACAGCAGUUCGACUACAACGCGUGAGCGGUCAACACGUAAGCCAAGCGUUGCGGGGCAGUGAGAGAAUAUUGAAACGGCGAGAACAGUGGCUGGGGGCAUAUUUAUAAACAGCAGCAACUCAAGUGUGAAUUGAUAUUGAGGUUAUGUAAGCGAAAGGCAAAACGCGAAAAGUACGCUAAAAUACAACAAUAGUAGCAGCAGCAGCAGCGGCAGCAAGAGAAGCGUAGUUGCAUUUGUCAAAGUCACACGACCAGCCCAAAUCGCAGAUUCCAGGCACGCGCGUUGAACGACUCGACGCUCACAUUCCACAUUCCGCAAAUGGAGGGAGAGGAUAUCAAGGCCCAGCCGCCGCGCACGCAAACGCAUCCGCUGCAGGAUGUCAGCCUCAACGAUGAUCAUAAUGAGGAUGAUGAGAAGCAGACGCCCAAAAAUUGGGUUAAAUUCGACGAUGAGGCCGAUAGCAGUGAAAAGAAUAAUAACAGUAAUGGUAGCGGCAGCAGCAACUUUGGAGAUGCCACACAACAACAACAAAACAAGUUAUCUCUGCCGCCGCCGCCGUCCGUAGUGAGCAGUAACAACAACAGACGUGCGCGCUCGCGCAGUCCCCAUCAGCAGCAAACAACAGCAACAGCAACGGAGGUAGAAGCAACAACAACAACAACACCUGUCCAACGCUCGGCAGUUUCCUCAACAACAACAGCAACUGCAUCUGCCUCUUUACCGGAUGUGGCGCCCGCUGUUUUGACAACUGAGAGUACGCACGUUAAUCUGAAUGCAUCCGGCAGUGGGAGUGGCAGUGGCAGUGCCAGCGGCCCCAGCCCAUCCCGCCAUCAGCACCCACCACAGCAGUUAAUAAACCAAAAAGCAAGUGCAGCCUCAGCCACCUCGACUUCAACAGCUGGGGGUGCGUCUUCCUCAUCUUCGGCUCUGUCCAGUCACCAGAAUGGAAAUGGAGCCACCAGCAUUGCCAUUCCUGCGGAUCAAUCUGCUGGCAUGCGCACAAUUGAACUGUCAACGGGUCGCAUUCGCGAGGGUUUUGCUAAUGGCGAUGUUAUUGUAACUCUGCUCCCGGCCAACACGAAAUGGCCCUGGAUCACGCCUGCCAUAUUUCGUCCUGAGCUGGUGCCCGAAGAGUUGAUGGCCCAGGGAUUGACACUUACCGUGGAGGAUUAUGUGAAUGCCAUGGAGACUUUGGUCAAUGAUUAUCGUUUUACCGUGUACAAUAUAUGCUAUAAGCGCAUUCUGGUCUGUUGGAUCCUGUUCGCUUUCACAGUGCUUUUGGCACUGUUAUUCUCUGGCCUCCAGGGCGUUGCCUUGUUCUCCCUGGGAGUGGGUUGGCUAUUUCUGAAUGCAGCUGCCAUUUUCCUCUGCAUGUGGGUUAAAUUGAGGCUUUCGCGUGGGCUUGAAAAGUGCUUGGCUCGGGUGAAUAAGCAGUUAAUGCGACACAAGAUACUUUUGGUGCUUGACGAUCGUGGACGGAUCUCCUGUCAUAAGGUCAACUUGUGCUUCAUGUACUUCGAUGCCACGCAGUGUGUUAACUUCUUGAAUGAAUUCCUCGAGCACACGGAGCAGAAUGGCGGUGAUGCCAUUAAGGCGGGAUGGGAGGCCAAAUUGGACAUUGAUGUGAAUGACAUAGUCAUUCAGGGUACUCAGCCAGUGAGGUUGUCCCGCAAACAGGAACGUGGAUUGCAGCUCUAUCUGAGAUACGGCUCGCGUUGGGGCAUGGAGGCCUUGCGGGGACUGGUGGAUGUCACCCCCAUCGAACCCGGCCGACAUUGCGGCCAAUUCCAGUGUCCCUGUCAGUACAUCAAAGAGCAUUUGCAAUGCAAACCGCGAGUUGCCAUAAACAGCAUUGGGCAAGUAGUUUGGACUCGUUUUCCCUUAUUUGGCGGCUAGAUUGGUUCUUAUACAGUACACACAGACACACAUACAUAUAAACAUGUACUCAUACAUAUGUGUCUGUACAGGGUGUUGGCCAAGCAACACACAAAUACCCACAAUAAUAAGCCAUUUCGAUAUUAAAUGCAUGAUCUGCUUCCAAAAACAGAUUGAAAACGAGUGAAUUUAACUUUAUAGAGAAAUAUUUUAUAUCUGCAUAUGUAUAACCCUUUUGGUCUACACAAAUAAAUUUGUCAAAUAUUCUGUUGUAACUAUUGUAA